AUGAAGCAGGAAACUAUUUACGUCAUAGAAGAAGAAGGAGAACUUGAGAAAAUUAUGAGGAAAGACAAAACAAGACGAAACGGUUUUCAACUUAAAAUAUUCUCUGAUCUGAUUGAGAAAAUACCUGUAGGAGGAAUUGUUGCUUUGAAUUUCGGAGCAAUUCUCAAGCGCAAAGGAGCUGAUACCGCUGAUUGUGUGCUUUCUUCUGAAUUCAAAUUGAAACAAAUAAUAAAAAAUGAAAACAAUUUUGCUGUCUUCUUCUUCCCAUUUCGAUGUGUUUGGGAAGCGUUGAAAAAUAGUGAAAAUUGA